AUGGCAAGCCCUCCCAGCCAGCCAGCAGCCGAAUGUUGGAGGGAAGGGGUGGGGGAGAAGGACGCUCUAGGCUCACGGUGUGCUGCUGCUGCUGCCGCUGCUGCUGCUACUGCUGAUCCUGUCACUUGCUCUGCUGCAGUUCGUGUGGAGGGUGGUACCCGGAGCAGGGGCGGUGGGGCGGCGGUGGUGUUUGGGAGAGGCGUGGCUGCUGUGGCUCUACCAUGGGUCCUGGCGUGCCUCCUGCUCGCACAUGCAGCACGGUCUGAUGAUGCACCUCCAGCAGCAACAGCAGCAGCAGCAGGAGCACACACCCUAACGGCUACUGCUGAGACCGACAUUCUCCAGCCAUUCCCAUCCCCAUCCCCAUCCCCAUCCCCAUCAUCACCAUCACUCGCCACAUCCCCCUCCUUCCACGCACCGUCCACUGAAUCUGGUCAGAUCCUUCAUCCUCCUCCUCCUCUCGCCACCAACACACCCGCCCCUCCUCUUCCCACCAUCCCUCCUCUUCCCACCACCAACACACCCACUGCCCGAAUCUCCUUCCGCCUGCCGCUAUCCCGCAAGACCAUGCGCCUCCCAGACAUAGUCCCGGAGCAGACAAGCAACCAGGGCACACUCACCAACCAGAUCCAGUUCAACACUCAAAUCGCCGAGGCGAAAAUGGGGGGGACGGUCGAUCAGAACAACUCGCAGUCUCAGAAUGCAGGCCCUGCUAGCAGCUCAGCAAAGUCGCCUCCUGCGCCCCCGCCGUGCCCGGACAAGAAGUGUGAGAAGGAGCGGGCGAAGGAGGAGAUAGCAAGUGAUGCGAAUCAGCUGCAUCGGGACGUGGGGCAGGUGGGGCAGGAUGUGCGAGAUAUCAGGCAGGAUGUGGCGCAGUUGGUGACGAGGACUCCGUUGGAUUUAACGUACACGUUCCCGGCUGCUCCGGAUUAUCGGAGGACCUUUGCAGAGAUCAUUCCGGAAGGCGCUGAUGGGAUCUUUGUGAGCUUCCCUGGUGGGGGGGCGCCACGGCAGCCAUGA